UCGAAAGUGGUCUAACAUUUUACUUGUGGCUAUAGUACGAUGUGAAUGGAGUAUUCUUCCAUAAUUCACACCUGUAAUAAAAUCUAAUUAUACCAUAGAUGUGAUAAUACUAAAACAAAACAUAAAUGGUAUAAGACAUUGGUAGAGAAAGAACAAGGUUACUAAUAUCAUUUUGCUUUAGAGCAAUUCUUUUACUUCUACAUAAUGGAGUAUACAGCACAAAAUUUAGAAUAUGCAGUCAAUGUGUUUUAUAAUGGAGAACAGACCGAGAAAACUAAUGCACACACCUGGCUUACAACAGCUCAGCGAGCUCCAGAAGCAUGGAACUUUGUUUGGGAAUUACUUCAGCCUCAUAAGGGUACAGAAAUACAAUUUUAUGCUGCAACAACUUUGCACACCAAAAUCCUGCGCUGUUGGAAUGAGGUACCACCAGAAAGCUAUGAAGAGUUGAAGGAAAAAAUACUACAAGCUGUUACUUCAUAUUCCCAAGGUCCAAAGAUUGUAACCAACAGAUUGUGUAUUAGUUUAGCUGCAGUUAUACUACAAUUGGGAGCAACAGAUCUAGCAUCAACACUAAGACCUCUGUCAAAUGUAGAAAAUACUUCUUUGCUACUUGAAGUAUUAACUGUGAUACCUGAAGAGUAUAAUAGUAUGACAAUGGGAACAGCACUUCGAACAAAAAAUCAAAAUGCGUUACUUCACGCCUGUCCCGCAGUUUUGGAUGAUAUGCUUCGCUAUCUGCAGUCUGCAUAUAAUGAUUACAGUAAGGGUCCUCCCUGUGACGAAACAGUUAAGACUUGGCUGAAUGUGGCGGCGUGCGCCGGCAGCUGGCUGACCAUGGCCUGUGGUGACUGCAUGGCCUACACUACCACCAGCGUGCCGGACUUCGCUCCACUGUGCAGGGCGUUGCUGACUGUCGUACAUGUUCUGUACUCAUGUUACGAAGCAGUGAGCGACAUCGCGCUGGAGGCGUGCGAGUCAGCUCUGAGCGCGGUGCGCGCGGCGGGCGGGGGCGCGGGCUCACUGCGCCGCCCCGUCGCCGCGGAGCAGGUGCUCGCUGACCUCUUGCAGCUCGCCGAGCGCGUGCUCGCUAGAGACAACGUACCCAAUUCUAUCAACGAGGAGUUGCUGUCAGCGGUGAUAACGUGCCUGGUGUCGGUGGCUGACUGCCACUCGCGGCAGGUGGUGCGCGGUGUGGUGGCGGAGGAGCGCGCGCCGCGACAAGCGCUGGAGCUGCUGCUGGCGGCGCAGUCAGCGCCAGGACACUACCCGCUGCACGAGACGCGCUCACACUUCGUCUUCAGCUUCUGGUACACGCUGCAGGACGAGAUAUCGAACACGUUGGACAGCAAGCGCAAGAUGCACCCGGUGUGGCUGGAUGUGUUCUCGCGGCUGCUGCUCUCGCUGGUGGCGAAGGCCGAGGUGCCCGCCGACAGCGCCCUCUCGCAGGACGACCGCGAACUGCUGCGCUGCUACAGGCAAGAUAUAAGUGAUACCAUUACGUACUGCUUCUGCGUGCUAGACGACAGCAUCUGGAAGGUGUUGGAGGAGGCGUACCCGGUGGGCGGCAGCGAGGAGCGACAGGAGGCGGUGCUGUUCGCCUUCUUGGCGGUGGGCGAGAUCCGCCUCACAAAGCAGGCGGUAACUCCCCCCAUCGGCACGCUGCUGCGACACGCCGUGCGCGCCGCAAACACCGCCAACAACAAGAACCUGCUAGAGACGGCGCUCGACUGCCUUGGAGGUUACUCAACGUGGAUGAGCAACUCGAGCAGUGCGGAGGAGGUGGAGCUGGCGCGGCAGAGCAUCCUGGCGGCGGGCGCGGCAUUGCAGCGGUCGCCGGCUCGCGCUGCGCACGCGCUGCGCAAACUGUGCACCGAGUGCGAUGCGCUCGCCGCCUCCAUGGCCGAGGAUAUUGUCAAUGCAACGCAGAAUGGGAUGGUCCGAUGUGACAGCUUCGUGCGGCGGCAGCUGGCGGGCGCUGCGGGCGCGGCGCUGGCUGCUGCCCCGCUCGACGUCGCCGCACCUCUCCUGCAGAAGUUGGCACAGUCGUUGCUCGUGGACCUGCGCGCACAGGCGGCGGAGGGAGUGCGCGCGCGUACUGCGGCGGAGUGCGGCGCGGCGCUACUGACCGCGCUGGUGGCCGCGCCCGCGCUCGCCGGCGAACUCUUCCAGGCGCUGCUGCCCGCGCUUGCGCACUUCGCGCAUCACGCAGACCUCCUUGAGGCGAUGUACAAGGUGCUGGACCAGGCGCUGUCGUCGCUGCUGGAUGCAAGUCUGCCGCACAUGCCGCAGGUGGCCGAGCUCGCGGUGGCCGGCUUCCACACGCAGCCCUGCGCGCCCGGACUGGUCGUACUUAACUUGAUAAUGUUGAUAUCGUACGACACGUGGUCGGAGGCGGGGCGUGUUUUGCGUGCGUGUGUGUCUGCGAGUGCGGCGCGCGCGGCGGCGGAUGUGCGCGCGGACCCCGAGCUCACCUCGCAGCUCUUCCUCACACUCGCCACCCUCACCAAGAAGAUGCCCGACUGUUUGCACUGGAUCGAAGAUUUGCUAUCACAACUUGUUGAACUCGCAUGUCGGUGUGUUACUGUUUGGGACGCGGCGACGGCGCGAGGCGCGUGCACCUGGCUGAUAGCGCUAGCGGCGCGCCAGCCCGCCCCCCUCCUACCACACGCGCCCGCGCUCACAGCCGCCGCGAUCUGCUGCAUCGGCGGUGCGUCGCCGCGAGCGCAGGUGUCAGCGCUAUCUGAGCUGCUGCUGGCUUUGAACCGCGCUGAGUGGGGGGCGGGGGCGGGGCUGCGUGCCUGGCUCCACGCAGCACUCGACGUCGACGGUUUCCCCUCGCACCACGCCACGCGCUCACACAAACAGAAGUUCAUCACAGCUGUACUUAAAGAGAGGAAUAACAGGCGAAUAGUUUUCGAAGCGGCGCAGGAGUUCUCUCUGGUGUGUCGCGGUCUCGUCGGCACUGAGUACGCGCGACAGACUAUCGCAUCCAAACAACUUGUAGCAUAGAAUAUUGACUUAUUCAAACUGUUUUUGACGUUUCAGUACUUUCCAGUAUUGAAAUGUGAGCCCUUUUAUAAGAUCUCUUGUUGAUAUAAAUGCCAAAAAUCUGUGAUCAUCGAAUGGCGUAUUAUAUCAUAUGUAAAUAAGAC